AUGUGUCCUCCGAAACCGAAGCAGCAUAAGGAGAAGCCUACUGAGUUAACUUUUUUCUAUGAGUAUUUCAGCUGCUAUUCUAUUAUACCAACCAAACUUGUUGAGAUGAUGUGUCCUCCGAAACCGAAGCAGCAUAAGGAGAAGCCUACUGAGCUGCUUCGCCUUCAUCUUGAACGUACUGGCGUUAUGGAUGCAUUAACCAGUUGGUUGAAAAACGUUGUGGAAUUACCUGCUGACAAACGCCCGCCCGAUGCACAGGAAUACUUAAAAAUGCGGUGGAAUUCCUGGAGCGGCAAUAUUGUUGCUUCCGCCCUUGAGAAUUCAUUGGAAGAUAUCAAAGAAGAGGUACUUUGA